AUGCCACUCUUACUCACCUGGCUCCAUGAGAUUAGACCGUUGACCCCAGGCUGGUUUCUGUUGAGCCUGUUGAAUGAUUCUGAGAACUUUGCUGAUAUUUGCCCCCUAAACGCUGAGGUUGCCAUUGUCGACGAUAGCAACGACGACCUCGAAGACGACCUCGUCGUCCAACAUGUCCAGGUUCAAGAUUACCGAGGCGCGGCACGUCCUGCAUCGCGACUCCAGCCUUUGGUUUUAUUUGGAACCCAAGCUUCCGGAAAUGUGCGGAAUUUUGAAGUCCGCAUUAAGGGGGCCCGCAGGUCGAGGUCCGUCACCGUUUCCGUCCAAACCACAACCGUUGAACUGGAGGCCGCCAUGGUCAGCGACAGAGCGCGGUGGGACGAUGACCGUCGACGCAACGCAAACCCGUCCUAUGAUGACGACAAAUACCGUCGUCGACACGGUAGAGACGAUUCGUUGAAUCGCGAAAGGCGCAGAGGCAACGGGCGGCGCUCAAGCCCACCGCCUCGAUGGGAUGACACAGGGUCUCGAGGCGACCAGCCCCCUCAUGAAUCUACCAGCUCUGGCAGAAGUCGCAUGGCCGGUCAUGGUGCACCUUCCAAGCGUUCCGGUCGGAUGCGCGGAUGGACCCCAAGUGACGAUGAGGAAGAAACCCCUCCUCGACAUCAUGCUUCGAACAGGGACCGUGAUGGCCGUGGUUACCACUCUCAAAGUCCAGUCAGAGCCAGAGACUCUGGUCGUGAUCGUGGGCGUGACGAAUCCUACGGCGACAGGGACUCUCGUCGAGACGACAGAAACCACCGGGGUCACCACGACCGCGACUACGGAGGCGACCGCCACCACCGCACCCGAAAUGACCGUGCUUCGACGGCGGAAAUCACUCGCCCCGAUGAAUCCAACUCGCGUCCUCUCGAAGAUGACCGGGGUAGACCGAGGACGAGACUCACAUCCUCAAGCCGGUCUACAUCAUCGUCUUCGCGCCAUUCCAGUCGCGACCGCACAAGAUGUAAGCGCCGGCGCCGUCAUUCUUCCUCCACAUCGAGAAGCAGCAGUCGCGAUAGCUCGAGGAGGCGGGACGCCUCCGAACGUAGACAUCGAAAGCGCAAGCACCGUGACCGUUCGGGUUCCCGUGAAAGAGACAAAAAGAGGAAGAAGAGGAAAGACAAGGAACGAAGCAAGGAUAAGGACAAGGAAGAAAGGAGGAGCGUCUUGACUGGCAAAAAGAUUAAGCUCAAGGUCAAGAAAGACCGUGACGACCACGAAAGAGAUGCCAAUAGACAAGACCUACUACAGUUCCUCAACUCCACCUUCGACUGA